CCUUUGAAGCGCUUACCCUAACGGAUCGAGAAAGGUAGUCCUCUCAGAGGAUCGAGCCUGGAACACUGAUCGUCGCGUAGCAGAAUCCAUGCAAGCUAAAGUCUUCAAGUCCUAAUGCCCUACGGCAACCUCUCAGGCUCUUAGUGUCGGUUUGACUGCGCCGACACUUUAGUGGGCCUCGCUCAUGGGUUCACGCACAAAAAGUCUUCAGAAAAUGCACCGCCCGACUCUCAUUUGGACAAGCUACAAUCUCUUUCGGCUCAUCGCUUUGGUCUUCAUCAGUUGGGCUCUGGUAGCACAAUUCAUAGCUGUUGCAAGCGAUCUUGACGAGUAUUCUAAUGCCACAGGUACUUCCUCACCUACGGCGACCGUCGGUCUAUCGGCGAUGCACAGGCCAGCCAAAAUCCCGUCUCGCUUAACCCGUACUCCUACAUCUCUCAUCGCGGUCAUCCGCUCUCAAACAUCACCAAGCACUACGACCUCGCCUCCCACCAUCCCGUCUACGACCAGCGUCAGUACGAGCGAGGCGGAUCAAACUGCUGUGAUCGUACUGGAUCCGGACGGACGGCCAGCGACUUUAGUAAACCUCCUUGGUCUCGAGGCUUCUCAUUCGGCGGCUACGGCUUCCCUCUUGAUCGGUGUCGAUGAGCGGGCAGCAAAUGGUAUGCGACGUCGUGCGGAGACCAAUUCGGCGACCGAUGCCAAUAUCAGCUAUGUGGGACUGUCGUCUGUCCCAGAUCAGCCGGGAGGGAUCUUCUUCCUCUUGAUGUCUCGACUGGUUAUGGCGUUUGUCCUCAGUGGGCUUUUAUUUGUGCAGGCUGGAUAUCCCGAAAAAAUGCUGUUCAAGCAUCUGCCUUGGCUCGGACCCCAAAAUCCACCUCUAGCUCUUGGUUGCCUGCAGGAGAUUAUCGCAAUUCAGAAUCUCCAGGUUCAUCAAAAGCCCAAGGUACUGAUACCUGCGUGGGCCUUACUCGCCGUAGGCUCGACGAACAUAGUGAUCGCGGGUGCAAUAUGGUAUCGGGGUCGUAAAUAUGACCGUCCAGCUCAAAAAAUGCUCGGAUUUUCGCUCUCUACCCGCCUACUAUACUGGACACCGCCACCAUUCUUGUACGACGCAGCCGUCAGACGAGAAACGAUCGGGUCUGAGUUCUCAGCCACACAAGGCAGAGACGUCGAAAAGAGACAUCGGCCAUCCCAUGACACAGCGUAUGACUUGGGCCUACCGAGCGAAGACGAAGAUGACGAGAACGAUGAAGGUUUGGUCCUCGUGGAUCCUGUGCCUUCCGCAGCCAAGAGACGUCACGCGUUGUCAAAUGAGAGAAGUGCGGCGAGAGGACCCACUCGUAAAUUCGGUGAGAUGACUGAAGAGCAGGACGUCAGGAAAGGUGGGUAUCCUACUUUUGCCAAAGGAGGGAUUGAUCAACCUGGACGUCACGUUCCUGCGGGUAUACUGGAACGACAUGGACCUGGCGGUCAUCUCGUCCGGUAUAUCAGGGAAGACGGUCAAAUGGGAGUGAGGAGGGCGGCGGAAGUGGAAAAGACUCGGUCAAAGAAACUUGGAGUGGAGAAUGGAGGAGUCUCGGAUGAGAGUGCCGAUCGGCAGUCCCGCCUACCUCAGCCUCCACAACGGAAACGAACUAAAGAUGCUGUGCGGCAGGAGAACACAAAGCUCAGAUCUCAGUCUCAGGACACAGAUGGCGACCUCAAGGAUCGUUCGUGCCAGAUUCCAACAGGCCAGACUUCAUCAAAUCACCUCCCGCUUCCCCACAAAGGCCGUAGACGACCCACUGAUCCUCUCGCCGUUAUCGCAGAAGAUCAAACAAACCCAAGCAUCCAGUCUCCCCACGGCAAUGAAGACUUCACGGCCAGCAGACUGCUCUAUUCUGAGCCAGAGUCGAUCGUGGACGAUCCGAACAGCCAAGACGCCCCAAGAACAGACAGCAAAAAGUUAACAGCACUCCCGUCGGGAGUCGAUACGCUCUUUCCCUUACCUCCUGAGCGACCGACACUGGCAUUAGAAGCAGCGAGCUCGGCAACAGCGAAUCGGAAGAAUAGUGCAGACAGUAAACAAAGUCCAGACGAUCGGCUGCCUCCCCGCGGAGUGAUUCUCUCGUCGAAAGAUACAUCAGGAUCGCCGCCACCCCCCACACUACAUCAUCGCGAGCUUGGAGAUGUACCGAAGACGCCCACCCCGCCUCUCGGAGAAGGAACCCUGAAAGUACGGGAUGUCAGUUUCGUGCGGGAAAAUUCGCCCUUGCGCGAAGAACCUAUAACUGUGCAGCAGAUCCAGCAGGCUGCUGUUGCUACGCGAGACUAUUUCAGCCCGUCGGCGCCCAUUGGAGCAGCUAUCUCUUCGCCGAUUCAAUAUCAGCAGUCAAGCUCAGCUUCCCACGCAGCUGUCGGUGUUUCUGUCCCGAAUAUACAACAUCCUUCAGGCCAACAACUCUUGUCUGACGGUCAAGCAAUCAAACGUGAACGCGCAACAUUGACAGUUCCGCGUGCGAAAUCCGAGUCUUCACACAGCUCCAUUACUUCACGUUUGGAUACUCUCAGAUCCUCCAUGGCGAUACCCAGGUCACCGUCCUCACGGUCGAACAGGUCGAACAGAACGGCUCAAGGCGUCCGAUUCGAUCUCAGUCCCAUCUCAACUGUGUCGAGUGGAGAGACUCGAUCGGCUCCAAACUCGCCUACCCGCUCUCUGUCGCCUGUAUCGCCUCCGCCGAAAACGGCCCUCAGGAUACCGGGAACAAGACUGACAGUCUCUCUCCCCCGAUUCUCCGUACCUGGUACGCCGAGGCCGAAGGGAAAGGACAGAAGCGUCAGCUCGUUGUCAUCGUCAACUUCGGCACCACUCUCAGAGUCGAGCGAUAUCUCUGACGAGGUGGCACGACCGGAGAGUAUGCUCUCGGGGGAACUAACGACUAGCUUUCAGGAACACGCUCGCGAGGCUCAGAAUGUCGAGCGACCGCUUCAUGGUCGAUCCAACACUGUCGACACGCUGGGAGGGAAUUAUCUUGAUGGAGGAGCGGAGCCGACAAGAGACAGACACAGGCGGCACUCAACCGUCGAUUCCUAUUGA